GAGGUGGAGGGGAGGCAGCACACAGGAAUGAGGCAACAGUUGUCUUGAGGGCAGUGAGGGAGGUGGGCGGCGGUGGUGGUGGCGGCGAGAAGCACUGAAGCACCAUUUUACCACUCCCCGCCUUGCUCUCACGCUGAAAAUGCCCUGAAAACCUCACCUGAAGCCACACUGAUUAACGUGACAGUGAUUAAAGCCGGUAUCAGUGACACUAGAAAAUAUUGAAGGUUGCGGAAGUAAUGUGGAGUCAAGUGGCUUUUUUUAUUGUGCCGUGCUGUGCAGGUGUGGAAUUAUGUGCACCUGUCUUGUGGUGAUGUGAGGCAGCGGCACCAUGGGAGAGAAGGUGGGCAAUACUGAGGUGCUGGUGGGGGGGGCCGGGGGCACCUGGCACCAGGCUCGGCUGACCCUGGAAGGUGACCUGCUCUUCGUGACACUGACUGACCUGGAUGACCUGAGUGCCGUGCAGGGGUCAGACGGCGAGAGUGGCCCCAGCGAUGUCCCCGAGCCCAUCGCCAGCCAGAAGAGAGUCGUCCAGAUCUGUAAGUCAGACAACAACGGCCUCGGCAUCUCCAUCAAAGGUGGACGGGAAAACAAGAUGCCGAUCCUCAUAUCCAAGAUUUUUAAGGGUAUGGCGGCCGAUAUGACGGAGAAUUUGUACGUGGGUGACGCCAUCCUGUCGGUGAACGGUGAGGACCUGAAGGAGGCGACGCACGAUGAGGCGGUGCGGGCGCUGAAGAGGGCGGGGAAGGUGGUGACGCUGGAGGUGGUCCCCUCGUUCUAUGUUACAGUCAAGUAUCUCCGAGAGGUGACACCCUAUUUCCGCAAGGCCUCGGUAAUGGCCGAUAUCGGGUGGGAGCUCCAGUCGGGGUUUUUAGGGGCUGAGAAUGGGUUUUUGGCGGCUGACGAGGAGAGGCGGUCACCAGUCAUGACCAACGGGCCGGACACGCGCUCGGUGCCGCUCCUCUUCUGCCACCUCACCAGGAACUACAAGUGUGACGAGCCCAGCAGCCUGGAGCUCCACUCGCCCGACCGCCUGCACAGCCUGGUGGUGCGGUGUUCCCAGGAGGCAGACAUCAUAAGCUGGUACAACGCCCUGCACUCCACGCUGGACCGCCUCACCAUAGCCGCCCUCGCCCACGCCAACCGAGUCCUGGGUGACGUGCUGGACAAGGCCACCAUCCACCACAUUGGCUGGCUCAAGCUGAAACUAGACCAGGGCAAGGAUGAGUGGGAGCCGCAGUUCUGUGCUGUGACGGACCACGACAUGAUACUCUUCCAAGAGGUGCCCUGGACCAAGGAGGCGUGGGCCAACCCCCUCGUCUUCUACCCGCUCCUGGCCACCCGGAUCGUCAACUCGACACAGAAGGGUUCCCUGGGAGGCAGCGAGCCCAUCACGAUGACCAUGCGCUGUGGGACCCAGGAGGGCGUGUCCAUGAGUGUGUUCCAGCACGACACCCACCGCGACCUUGCCACGUGGGUCAAGGUGCUGGUACAGGGCGCCCACAACGCUGUGCAGAGGCAGAAGGAAGUGGCCUGCUACUGUGAGUGGCGUGGAGUGGAGGCCAAGCUAGUGCUCCACCACGAGGACGGCUUCACCCUUCUGGCCACUCAUGAGGGGGCGGGGGGCGGCCGGGGGCGGGUGCUCUGGACGCAGCCCUUCCACAAGCUGGUCAUGAGUUCGGAUGACGGCACACGGCUGAUCUGGCUCCGAUUUGAUGGUGACAUGGAAGUGGAACUGGACCUCAAGACCAACCCCAAGCCGUUUGUCUUCAUCCUGCACACCUUCCUCUCGGCCAAGGUGCACCAGCAGACCCUCACCUCCUGACGACGUGUGGAGCCGUCGGCCGUCACCAAGCCUGUGGGGCCGCUGCUGCCCAGGAAGCCCAGCAACCCUGCCCCGCCAGACCACCCGGCCAGGCCCAAGCCAACCAGUCUCACCAACCUCACCAAAGUCCCCCGCCCAGGACCCCCCCUUGUACCCCCCAGACCGUCCUCCCAUGGUGAGGGUCGCCCCCUGAGCCAGUCUGAGCCCCGGCUGCCCCUCAGACUAGGCAGGGUCCCAGCAGAGGCAUCCAAGCCAUGCCCACCAGUAGCAGCACGACCGCCACCACCGCCGCCGCCACCAGGAGCAGCGGCGGCGGCGGCGCCGGCCAAGCCCAGUUGGGAUGUAAGUUAGAGGCCACUCAGGGUCUUGGUGAGAGUCAUGGAAAGUGCUUGGUCCCUGUUUGCAUGUUUGGGUGUCCCUGAGUGCAGGUUUUGGGGCGUUUGGAGCGGGCAGUUGGCCCUCACCCUGACACUGGUUACUGCUCCCCACCGUCACCUGGGCCCUCCCUGGCACACCAUGGCAAGGAGUGUGUGGAGUGUGUUUGCUCCCUGUGAGUGAGAGGAUGUUUCCUGCUGUUCCUUGUGAGCUAUCCACCAGUGUUGCAGGAUGGUGCCACAGAGGAGAGAGACAGUGCCAGUGUGCUUAAUUGCCAGAAUGCCCCAGUAAGGACUCUUUCAGUGCUCCCCUUCUUGCCCUUCUCCCAGCAACCCAACUCAGGAAGCAAGAGCUGGGGAGGCCAUGAGCUGGUUCUUGUUCCUUGGCGGCCAUCCCCACUCGCCGGCGUGUCUGUGGGUGUGGCAGGACCUGGAUGCACUGCUCCAGGCCAAGAGAGGAGGAUGUACUGGUGUGGCUGGGUGGAGGUACACCUGUCAAAGAAAAUCAGUCCUUAAGUAUCUCUUCUUUAGACUUUUUAUGUUGAAUUUUUCUUCCUGAAGUGAUUUCCUCCCAGUGGUGAAGGGAGCCAGACACCAGAAGGUUCUUGCCCAAGUGCUUUAGAACUGUUGUGUUUCCCUUGUGUGGCGGUUCAAAAAGUUCUUGUCGUGGGGAACUCAGUGCAGGUGUUCAUGGCGUUAUGUGUGUACUGGGGAGCUGAGAGAUGAGUUUAUAAGAUUACUUGUGUGUUGAGCUGAAAGAUAAGUUUUUAACAUUGUCUGUGUGUUGAAGAGCCAAGAACAGAGUUUGUAAGAUUAUAUGUGUGUUGAGGAGCUGAGAGAUGAGUUUCUGUAAUUAUGGGGCUGGUUUGUUGUGGUUGAGGAGUGACUGAGUAUAGUUCUGAGUACUUGUGAGUGUGGUGCAGCCAAGUACAGGAUGAGAGGAAAGCUUCUGUGUGGAAUAUAUGUGGAUUCUUGUAGCUCUGCCCUUGCCUGAAGUCAUCAGUAUAUGUAUCAGAUUCAGUUAUCCUUUUUAAUGAGAAAAGGAGAAAGUAUGAGGGCAAAAGGAGAACAUAUGAGGGGAAAAAGAAAGUAUGAGGGGAAAAGAGAAGGUAUGAGGGAAUAAGAAAGUAUUACGGCUAAAAAAAAAAAAAAAUCUUCUGUGUAAGGGAUUAGUUGCCAGAGACACCAAUUUGAUUUCUUUUUCUCUACGGAUAAAGGAGAAGCUAUACAGAAAAUAAAAGCUCACAAUCUGCUUCUCAAACAUCGGCUACAGAGAAAAUUGCAGUUAAUAGAGCUAGAAAUGGAAUCCAGAUGUACCUAUUCCACACAUGAAGCUUUUUCCACAUGAGUAUUAAACUGUGCAAAUGUUAAAUGCUGUGUCCGGUUGCCCUUUGGUCUGUGGGGGCUGUGUAAUGCCACCCACUGGUCCUCCGGUAGGGAUGAGCACUGAGGCAAAUGUGGAUGACCAGGGUGAGGGAAGGAGUGUGUGUGUGUGUUUGUGUGUGUGUUAUGCGUUCCAUUGGGGGCGAGUGUGUUGUCUCGGGAUUGGGAGUGAGUGAGUAUGCUGGGGUGUUGUGAGGAGGUUGUUUGAGGCAUUACACCAUUUCCCUCACAGACUGAAGGUUGAGGAGAGUGUGAGUGUGUCAGGGUGAGGGAGUCAGAGUUUAGGAUGUUAUGGGGGACUGAAAGAGCCAAUGUUGAGGCGAGUGUAAAUGUGUCAGGGUGAGGGAGUUUAGGGUGUUGUGUGGGGGCUAUGUAAGGCUGCCCACCAUUACCCUAGAGAGACUGGAUGUAGAGUGUGUGUCAGGGUGAGGGAGUGAGUGUGUGUGUUGGGGUGACUGUCCUUCAUUUGUCCUGUCAUUUUUUAUCUGUCCAGACAGGUGCUACUGUGGUGUCAGUGGUGGGAGUCCAGAGGCACCAGGUGUGUGGGUCCAGAGGUGCCAGAGAUGUCAGUGUAGGGAAGGCCAGUGGUGACAGUUUGGGCAGUCCAGUGGUGUCGGUACAGAGGUGCCAGUGGUGUGAAUGUUCCAGUGGUGCCGGUGUAUGAGUGUAGAGGUGUCAGUUGUGGCAGUCCAGAGUCUCCAGUGGUGUCUGUUUAGGGAUGGCAGGUGGUGUGGUUCCAGAGGUUUGUGUUGGAGGGAGUCUUGAGCCACCAGUGGUAUGUGUGGCUGGCUGUGGAGUCUCCUGGUCCUGCGUCUGGGUGUCUGGCGGCGUGAUGGUUUGUCUGUCUCCUGCCGCUGUUGCUUGUGUGGUCGCCAGGGCAUGAGAGGAAGUGUAAAUAAACCAAGAUCAAAAAAGACUGUCCAUGUUGCUUUCUGAAUGUGCGGCAGACGGGGAUUUCUUGUUUUUUUUCUAUUUAAACGUGUAACUGAUGAAAAGAUUUAUCCUUCUGUGGAUGCAUCAUAGCUUAGGUCAUUCGUUUAUUCGGUCAUUCACUGUUGAUUAUGAAUGAUGAUUUUUUUUUUUUUUUUUCCAGAUCAACUCUUACUAACUUCAUUAUUUGAGGCAAAGGUUCAAGUGUGUGUCAGAUUGAUGAGAGUGUGCACUUUAUUUUCUUCUCACACUCUUAGGGAAAGGUUCAAGUGUGUGUCAGAUUGUAGAUUGAUGAGAGUGUGUACUUUAUUUUCUUUUCACACUCCUAGGGAAAGGUUCAAGUGUGUGUCAGAUUGCAGAUUGAUGAGAGUGUGUACUUUAUUUUCUUCUCACACUCUUAGGGAAAGGUUCAAGUGUGUGUCAGAUUAAUGAGUGUGAACAGUAUUUUUGUCCUCGUCAGACUAACAUGGAGUGCAAACUUUCUUUUCUCCCUUACACUUAAUGCUUCUGACUAAUGGGAUUGUAAGCUCUUUUUCACCCUUUUCCCAUUGUUUUCAUCUGCAAUGUUUUCCAAGUUACUGACAGUGUGUUGGUUUGGUUCGUCUGACUAGUGGGUGUAGGCUUUCUGUAACUGUCCUUUUCCCCUUUUCUUUUGUGUUUUGGUUGCUGUAUUUCUUGAGAUUUUGGCUCAUUGGUGGCCACUUGUCGGGGGAGGAAGGGGAUCCUGUUCCUAACCAAUCACAUAUCACGAGACAGAGAUGCUGCUGCCCUUGCGCUGCUCUCUCUCUCCCUUCUCAUCGCACGCCUGUAUCCUGCCGCCCUGGGACUGACUGGGGCGGCCGAGGUGUGAGGAGCCAGUCGGUCAGGCAGUCAGGGGAUGCCAAAGGAGGGUAAUCACUGUCUUAUCUUGUCUUUCCUUUGAAGAUUUGCAGAAAAAAACUUCCUUGAGGGUGUUCAUCAGUAGUUCUGUUGUGAAGGCAAGGAUGAGGGUGAAGGGUGUGUGUCCAUUAUUAUUAUUAUUAUUAUUAUUAUUAUUAUUAUUAUUAUUAUUAUUAUUAUUAUUAUUAUUAUUAUAGCCACCUGUGUAUAUUUUGGAUUUUGUUCUUUUUUUGUGUGUGUGAGAGAGAUUUACCAUUAUUACUUUUGUAUGUUUGUGUUUGGGAGUUUAUUUUCUUUGCUCUUCCUUGUAUUAUGAUAUAUCGUAUAGUUUGUUUAAUCCUUAGUUUCACACCUAACCGGUCCACCUUUCCAUAUAUAGAGCACAUAGUCUAUUCGUUUAUUGCGAGAACCAAAUAUUUCAUGUAAGCCUUUUGUUAUAGUUCUGCCUAAUAUAUAUAUGUAUGUAUGUUAUGUAUUUAUGUAUAUAUUGCAAACGUGCAUGUGGGUGUGCCUGUGUGUAUGGGCUGUAUUAACAGAAAACUCUAUGGGCAUGGUUGUGCAAAGUGUGGAGAGAGAGGUGUUGGUGUGGGGGUCAUGUGUACGGCAUUCUUUUCUUUUUUCUUUUCUUAGUUUUCUCAUUCAAGCCUCCAUUCGUAGCCUGUCUUGUGGAGUCAGUGGCAGCACCAAGGGGGGGAGGAGGAAGGAUUAACCCAGUAGCAGCGGGGAUCAUGUUUCUUAAUGGUCCCUCCUAGUGAGAAAAAUGAGAAAAAAUCACCCCUCACACAAACCAUUUCAUAUUAUAUAUCAAAGCAUUUGUGAUCAGAUUAUGUAUCAUCCAUUUUUGGGGGUAAAUAUCAUGGCACAAAUUAGGCCCGUCGCUGCUACCGGGUUAAAGCCCUCUCCGUUCUUUUCAGCUUCCCUUUAACCCCCUCAUUAAUUUGAAUAGUUAUUAUGUUUCUCUCUUGACACAACCUCAGUUCCUUCCUGCCCUUGUACUAAAGAGCUCCUCCCUAAAAUGUGUCCCUCAAAACAAUGCAAAGAGCUGCCACUGUGUGAAAUAGGGUCAGUCAUUAGAGGGGAUGCAGGUCAGCUUGUGUUAGUGUGGUCAGCAGGAAAAGGAGAAAGAAUAUUUUUCCUUGUAAUACCUCUUGAAAAAAAAAAAGUAGAGUAAUGUGUCCCCCAAAACAAUGCAAGAAGCUGCCAUCUGUGUGAAAUAGGGUCAGUCAUUAGAGGGGAUGCAGGUCAGCUUGUGUUAGUGUGGUCAGCAGGAAAAGGAGAAAGAAUAUUUUUCCUUGUAAUACCUCUUGAAAAAAAAAAAGUAGAGUAAUGUGUCCCCCAAAACAAUGCAAGAAGCUGCCAUCUGUAUGAAAUAGGGUCAGUCAUUAGAGGGGAUGCAGGUCAGCUUGUGUUAGUGUGGUCAGCAGGAAAAGGAGAAAGAAUAUUUUUCCUUGUAAUACUUCUUGAAAAAAAUAGUAAAGUAAUGUGGAAGCACUUGUGAAUGGGGUUUUGUGGCACAUGAUUUUAAUGAGUUUCUUGUUUCUUUGGGUCAGAUUCCACCGUGGUACUUUAGGAAAGGCAAAUUUAGUACAACAUCAUUCAGUAUUAUAAUUUGCUGGUCUGAGUUUAACAAGAGUAUGGUAAGGUCAUAUACUGGAGGUGUUUGUUCAUGUGUGUGUGUGAGAGAGAGACAGAGAGAGAGAAGACAAGAGAGCAUACGCACCACUGUCUUAAUCUUUGUCUCACUCACCGUUUGCUCUUGUCUGUGUUGUGUGCCUCAGAGCAAGCAGUCCAGCCAUUUCCUGCCUUUUGAAACUUUUUGGCAAGUAUUCUUCCAGGCCUCUCAUUCACCCCUAGUUUUGAGAGCUUCCUCGUCCGCUUGGCAGGGCUCUCGUGCGUCUGUGUUGUGUGUGCAUCCCUGUAAAUAGCACGAUGUUUAGGCCUGCAAUAAACCAAGCCUUUGCAUGGGUAAGCAUAGCGUUGAAGGGACUGGAGGAACCACUCUGUACCAUGACUACUGCGUCUUUGUGCGUGGCUCGAGUCUUUGGGAGGCGGCUGUGUCGUUAAUCAAUGUACGUGAUUUCAAACGGUGUUAUAAUCUGCAUGACGGUGUGGGUGUCGUAUACGUACACUACUGUCUCGGUGUUCACACAGACCCGCAGUGCACAGCCAUGCUAGUCCAGCGCACAGAUUAUUGGUGGGUGUGAGGAUGCACCUAUCUACGGCCCAAGGCAACCCUAGCCCCGCAUCAUCAUCAUCAUCUUCUUCCCUCCUCUAGCAUUUUAUACUGUUUUAAGGUGGAGGUAACACGGUGGGAACACGUGGCGGAACCUACUCUUGUUGAGCUCCUGGUACAUGUUGCUGCUGCCGGUGUACAGCUCAGAGCCCGGCAGCCACCCACAGGCUCCCACACUACAGGCUCUGUUGUGGAAAAGAAGUGAAAAAGUUGCUUGUGGAAGAAGUGAAAGAGAGUUGUCUGUGGAAAACUAUGCCAACAAAAGUGAAAGAAAGUUGUCUUUGGAAAAAAAAAAAUUAUCUGGAAAAGAAUGUCAACUUACAUGUGCUUUUUGGUGGGUGUUAUUGUUGUUACGUGUCAUGGAAAGCAAGAAGCAUCGACGAAGGCCAGGUGUAAAGUGUUCCUGCUGUGUGCUGUAAAAGUUGCCUCCACUUGUGUGUGUGUGUCUGUGUGUAUGUGUCAGUGCUGGUGUGUGCUUUGGGCAAUUGCCUUUUCUAUCUUUGAAUAAUGUUAGAUGAAGUCUUUUGGUACUACUUUACUGAGGCUUAGAGUCAGUCAACACUUGCCAUUUUGCAGUACAGAUAUGUGUGUGCGUGUGUGUGUGGGGAGCUUUCCCAGGCUGGUGUUGUUCACUAAUGGAGUUUCUUUUUGAUCAUUAUUUCUCCACUCUGGUCUAGGACACGUGAAGUUGCUGCAUUGUCUGGAGCUGUAUUGCACACCUUUGGCGACCUGCUUGUAGUUUGUACCUUUGCACUUUUAUGAAGCUGAGUCCCUGCACCUUUGGUUUAGCUGUUAAGUCCCACCAAGGCCAGAGCUGUAUGCGAGUCAGCCGGUGUUUGUUAGCUCACCAACGAGAUAAAACAAACCGUCACCACCCUUUUGUCUCCGGGGCAUGUGUAGAUGUGUACGUGGCCACACAGCGUAGUCCCACAGCAACGUUUUUGUAGUCCAGUGUGUGUGUAGGGUAACUCAGCACCAGUAGUGUAGGUCAGGUGAGCUGUAGAGCUGGGGUGGUGUUGGGGGGCAGGGAUGGGGGUGAUGGGGGUAGUGAGAGCUGUCUUGUCCUCGCCACGACAAUCAUAUGAGGCUGCUGCGGUGUGUUCCUUUGGCUUGUUUUCCCUUUGGCACAGGCCAUGCAUGGGGCUGGCUCAAGGGGUAGGUGAGCUGAUGUCUGUACCUUGUUCAAAUGAACUUGGCAUAUAAGCCCCGCCCCCUUCCUCAUUAAGUGUUUUUCACCAGCCAAUCCACAAGGAAGCCAUGCACCCUCCUCAAAUGAGGCUGUGUGGGCCUGGUGGAUGCUGGGAAAGGUUGAGUCUUACUGACGGCUGUUGGGCUGACAUGGCAGAGCAUAUUUGUCAAGUUGAUUUGAGCAGAGUACAAGUGUAGUUCUUGCACUGUUGUCAGUGAGUGAGUUCCUUUCUCACAGUUGUUGAGUUCAAGUUUAUGGUCGCGUCUCCUUCAGUCACUCUCUUUUUGGGUCCCGUUAGAGGGCCGCCCACUCUUUGCUGACACUAGAGAAAGCCUUGUCUUGUCACCUGUAUCCAGAGGAGAGGUGUGUGGAUGGGGUUUAGCAUGGAAAAACAGAGGUAAUUAGUUCUAGUGUAUUCUUAAGGUGGAGCUUCCAUGAGUCUUUCCAUGCUAAAGCUGCCAGUCACAAUGCUGAAUUUGUGAUGAAAAAAAGCUAAAAAUGUAAACUUGUAAAUUGCUAUUGAAUUUUGGAUUUUUCUGAUUGCCGAGCAUCAUUUUUUAACUUUUGAGUGAAUUUUUAAGCUUAAUCAGAGAGGUGAAAAGAAGUUUGAAUUAGAUGUACAGUAAACGGGGAAGUAUUAGAUGUAGAUUGUUUCAAGGAUGCUGUACACUCUUGUGAGUGUGAUGGCGUGGUGUGUAGUGAGAGGACAAACAAGGUCAGUAAUUCAUCACUUCAGAGCUGCUUCAGUGGCCUCAGUUGUCUUAAAGGGGGGGCGGGGAGGGUGCCAUCAGCAUGGACUGCUGGGGUCUGGGGGCGUUCCCAGAAAAGUUUUGAGAAAAAAAAAAUUGGUGCAUUUGGGUUGAUUCUGAGGAUCUGAAAUUCCAAUUUGACUACUAUUCUAUAUUACCUCUGAUUAUUUUGGGUAUACAUGACUGGGUUGACUGAUGGCACUGUGCAUUAUGUGGAAUCUAAAACCAAACUGUUGCUCACAUGUUAGUGAAGAAGGAAACAGUAGAUCAGUGUUACAGAGUAAAGUGAUGUGACAUGACAAUCACUGUGUGAGGAUGUACAGGUGUGUUAAACAGGCAUUAAUGCGGCAGUACAUUCCAAAAGCAUGGAUUUCUCAUUUUAUGAAUCAAGAUAAUAUUAUCUUACAAAAGAAUGGAAUCAUUUUCAACAAAGGCAGCUUGGUGGAGAGGGAGGGAGGAAGGUUAGGGGUGAGGUAAUGUGGUGGUGGUGGUGGUGGUUGUGGCAGUGGUGGUGAUGACAGAAAAUGUUUGUCUUGCUUGUUGAAAGAUGGAAACAGUACAAUACAAUUUUCCUCAGAAUAUUGGGUCAUGGCCACAUUACUGUGUGUUAGUGGUCUUGGUUUGUGUCCACAUGGCCAAGGCUGUGUCCCUUGAACAUGAGUUUUAGGAGACUGGAAACAAGGAUGAAAUGUUCAACCUUUCCUUUACUGGCUCUUAUAAAUGUGAAUAUUAUUGUUUCUGAUUGACAGCUUGGUUUGUUGUGUUUAAAAGUUAAAUGAAUUUCCUUUGUCAUUUUUGGUUGUUGAAUGAACAUGAUGUUGGAAAAGUAGACUUCAAACUGGUGUAUCAAUCUAUCUGUAAACUGUUUUUGUUACUUGAUGGCCAUGGAAACUGUAGUGAGCCUUUGGGUUUGCAUAUUUGUCUCCGGCUGUCAUCUCUUUACGUGGUUCGGCCUGGUGGAGCAAGCAGGUGACGGAAUUAGGUAUUCAUGGGCUUGUAAGUUUACUUUGCAGUGGAAAAAAGUAUUCAUAGUAUAUUGAGGUAAAAUAUCAAACAUUGUAAAUGUGAUUAUUUGUAUUGUAAUUCAUGAUUAUUAUUAUUAUUAUUAUUAUUAUUAUUAUUAUUAUUAUUAUUAUUAUUAUCAUUAUUAUUAUCAUCAUCAAUGUUAUUAUUUUUGUAUUAAAAGCAAUGAUGAGAUUAAUAUUACUACUACUGCUACCAUUACAACAACUACUACUACUACUACUACUACUACUACUACUACUACUACUACUACUACUACUACUACCACUACUACUACUA